GAAGCCCAGGUAUGAGGCUGUUGGCCAGCGGGGUUCGGAUCUGUUCGCAAGUGCUUUUUUUCUGUUUUUCCUCUAAUGGCCUUGACUCGGCUCUCCUUGGCCUCUCUUCCUACGGAGUUUCCCGUCUCACUUGGUUUCUGCUCCCUCUCUAACUUUGUUCACGACACUUCCCUUUUUUGCUAGCCAAUUCUUAGAUCCUUCACCUUCAGGUCGCUUGGAUCAAUUUCCUUUCCCUUUGCGCAGUUGAGGACCUCUUGUCGUGGUCAGGUUAGAUCCAUUUUAUUAUAUUUUAUUUUUUUUUACCUUGAGAAAUUGACAUCUUCUUUUCCUGGCUAGCGCCGUAGGGGACUCACCAGAACCCAUUCUCAAAAAUUUCAAAGGCCAUCAUGGCAGUCAAGUGGACUGGUGGACAUUCUUCUUCAAUCCUUUGCCUGAAUGCAAAUAAAGACGGGCUGGUGGCUUCAGGAGGAGAGGGUGGAGACCUUGUGGCUUGGGGUGAAGAUGGGACCCCGUUAGGACACAUGCAAUUGGAAGGGGCUGAUGAUGUUACCAGCGUCUUGUUUUCUGCCUCCUGUCCCACCAAGCUCUAUGCCUCCCAUGGAGAAACCAUCAGUGUACUAGAUGUCAGGUCUCUUAAAGGGUCCCUGGACCACUUCCAUGUGAAUGAGGAAGAAAUCAACUGUCUUUCAUUAAAUGAAACUGAAAGUCUGCUGGCUUCGGCUGAUGACUCUGGGGCAAUUAAAAUCCUGGACUUGGAAAAGAAGAAAGUUACCAGAUCCCUGAAGAGACAUUCCAACAUCUGUUCCUCUGUGGCUUUUCGACCUCAGAGGCCUCAGAGCCUGGUGUCAUGUGGCCUGGAUAUGCAGGUAAUGCUGUGGAGUCUUCAAAAAGCCCGUCCUGUUUGGAUUACAAAUUUACAGGAGGAUGAAACAGAGGAAACGGAAGGCCCCCAGACCCCUGGUCGGCUCCUAAACCCUGCGCUAGCCCACUCUGUCUCUGUAGCGUCGUGCGGCAAUAUUUUUAGCUGUGGUGCAGAGGAUGGUAAGGUGCGCAUCUUCAGGGUGAUGGGAGUCAAAUGUGAGCGAGAACUGGGAUUUAAGGGUCACACUUUGGGGGUAUCCCAGGUCUGCUUUCUGCCCGAGUCCAGUCUGUUGCUUACUGGAGGGAAUGAUGGGAGGAUCAGGUUGUGGGAUGUGAGCGGUAAGAUGGAGAAGCUGCAGAAGAGCCCUGCGAGGCACAUCCACAGGAAGAAAGCAAAGAGGGCAGCGUGCCCCACGCAGGGUGGAAACUCCAGAGCCCCAGGAGCCGAGGAUGAGGGGCAUGCAAAGAUUCUGCCAAAGCUCGAUAUUGAACACGGAGAAAAAGUGAACUGGCUUUUAAGUACAAAAAUUAAAGGGAACAAAAGCAUAUUAGUGGCUGAUCAAACGAGUUGUGUGUCUGUGUAUCCCCUAAAUGAGCUUUAGGUCCAAUAAAAUGCAUUGCAAAAACCAA